AUGUAUCUUGCUUUGUUGUUCAAGCAUCAACUUACUGCAUUUGUGGAGAAGAUAUAUGGAAUGAUUUGGGAAAUUUUGAAUAAAGAUAUUUAUUCUUUACUUGGCCUAUGUAUCCGGGUAAUCAAGAAAUUUUGCUAUGCAUUUGUUUUAUUCUUUUGGCUAGCCAAGAGGGUGGUAUCCCUGUAUCUUUUAAUGUAUUCUUCACGGCAUCAUUUUCUUGCCUAGCCAAGAGGGUAGUUGAUGAACGCAUCAUCUUUUCGCUUUUAUGGACAGGCAUCAAGAAGAUCACGGGAAAUUUCAGUAAAAGGUUCCGUUAGCUCACUUGCAAAUCUAACAGGUCAGCAAACUUGAUUCCCCACUGGCAAGGGAUUGUGAGGAGUCUGUGAAGUAUCCUGGAAACCAUGUCAGUGGUCUCUGGUGAUCUCAUUCAUUCUCAGUAGUCUCUUUUCUUGUCCUUGUAUAGCCAUUAUGUCGUGAAAGUGAAAGUGACGAAUUUAAUCAAACCGCGAUCUUUCAAACUUGGAAACUUGAGCUUGGAAGCUGUAUCUAAAUGUUUUGAUUUAUCUUAAUGCUCAGGUUCCUCCCUUUUUACUUAUAGAGUGUUCACACAGAUAUUUUCAUUUAUGAAUGUGCAAACUAUUCAAUAGGUACAUCUUUCUCGCAACAGUUUAAUUAUGGGAACUGUGCUUCAAGCAGUCAAACUGAUGCUCUUUGCUUGACAAUUACAGCCUGCUGCUGAGCCGAGAGUGCUGCUCCUUCAGCAACUGUGAAUAUGUUAAAUCAGGGCUAGCAGAAUUAGAGCAUUGGUGCUACAAAGCAGCUGAUGAGGUACUUCAUUGAUAAAGUUACUGCUUAUAAUUUUAUCCCGUGGAUGGUCUGUUUGUAUUUAUAUGUUAUAGUUUCUCGGUUAUGAAUACAAGAAUAUUUUUCAGGUUUGAAAAGAUAGAUGAGAGUUGUCAUUGUAAAAGAUACAAAAGUGUGAAUGAUAGAAAACCCAGAUUCAUCUCCUAUCUUAUUUGAUUUGUUAGGAAUCUAUGAAUUGUUGAUUUUACUAUUUAGCGCAUAUUUUUUCUCCUGAGCAAAAUGGACAAUUGCAGUACGCAGGUUCUGCGUGGGAUGAAUUGAAGCAUAUCAGGCAGGCUAUUGAUUUUCUGGUAAUCACCACACGGUUCCAUUCUGUCCUCCAUGUACACUCCUGCCUCGGCUGGGUAAGAUAGUAGCCAUCAGAGUGGCAGCGAAUUCUAGUAGAUUGUCGUUGUCACCGGAAUUUUCCAAUUAUGAGAAUUCUGAUAGGAUACGCAAGCUUCAAAUUUGAACUCUCCUUGACAACAUCGGGCGCAUGCUAGGAAAGUUUCUGCGGAUGUUUAUCGUCCGAUAUUUCUUACCAUUUUUCCUUAUCUGUUGUCAAGUUUACUAAGGCAUCGUUGAGAUGUGGGGAAAUUGGAACCGCGUUUUUCUCGAACACGGGAAAAAUUGAAUUGGUCCGAUCAUGUCAUUGAUUCUGUGAGCAUGGAGUUCCACAUUUCGACUUCAGAAUCCUCAAUAACACCUGUUGCUUGCUUGUCUAGGUCAUCCAUCAAAAGUUACAGAAGACGCGGUAUACAAUAAAUCACAACCUUUGCCCGGUGAGCGACCCCUCCUUCCCCCCCCCCCCCCCUUGGUUUCGAGAGUCUCUUCGCCUGAGCCAACCCUCGAGCUCUAAUUAUGCCCGACUGGUCUGCAGGGCGUCAGCGUACAACAGCUGGACCCCAUCAUCACCAUAUACUGGGACGACAAGUACGGCACCCAGAACGUCUCCUGAGAUGUAAGACAAUUCGGGCCCACCUUUUCAUUUGGGAUAGAUUUCUAUGCUCACAGAAGGCCGUUGUUGUUGUUCACAACUCCCUGACGUUGUUUAGUCGUCUCCUCGUCCAUGGCAUCCCUCCUCUUAUACCCCAAGUUAUACACGACACGAGGAUUCGAACAACGCCGUCAUCAACUCUCUUGCUGGACGACGUUUCCAGUUAAAGAACAAUGAAAUUUUACUUUUUGCAGGAAACCCGCGGUUUACUCUUUUUUUUUUUGUGGCUCACUAA